AUAUUCUAUAGUUUAAAAACUUAAAUUGCAUAUAGACUAUUGAAAUGCAACACCAAAAAAAUCAUAACAUGAAUUCACUUACUAUAUGUAUGAUUGUAUUAGUAUUAGCUGUUGAUUUCUCCUUAGCUAUUAAGUGUAUUGUUUGUUCCGGAAGUAAGGAAUUAAAGAAAAAUAAGUGUGGUCACUAUUAUUGUGACCAUUGUAAAAAGUUAUUUUCAUAUUGUACGAAGUGUGGAGAUGAUUUCGAUUUUGGUCCAGCGUCUGUUUCUGUUAAAAUACUCGAAGAUAUGAUUGAUUCUGGAAUGAAUGUGUGUAGACUGAAUUUCUCUCAUGGGUCGCACGAUUAUCACAAAAAUACAAUAAAAAAUUUAAGACAAGCAAUUUAUAACUAUACUAAGAGAACUAAUAUUUGUUAUCCGUUAGCUAUUGCUUUGGAUACAAAAGGGCCUGAAAUUAGAACUGGUUUAAUUGGAGGCAAUGGAUCAGCUGAAAUUGAGUUAAAAAAAGAUAACAAAAUUCGUCUAACUACUGACAAGAAAUUUGAAAAGAAUGGCUCUGCAACUGAUGUAUUUGUAGAUUAUUUAAAUAUUACUAAAGUUGUGAAACCAGAAAACAAAAUUUUUCUUGAUGAUGGUCUUAUAUCUUUGAUUGUCAAAAAAAUUGAGAGUAACCAUAUUGAAUGUGUUGUUGAAAAUGGAGGAUCUCUGGGGAGUAAUAAAGGAAUAAAUUUACCUGGAAUUUCUGUGGACCUUCCAGCUGUAUCUGAAAAAGAUAAACAAGACUUGCUAUUUGGCGUUGAACAAGGAGUUGACAUGAUUUUUGCUUCAUUUAUUCGUGAAGCAUCGGCUGUAAAAGAAAUCAGAGAUAUAUUAGGCGAAAAGGGUAAAAAUAUCCUUGUUAUAUCAAAAAUUGAAAAUGAUCAAGGUAUAAAAAAUCUAAAAGAAAUAAUUGACGUUUCUGAUGGUAUUAUGGUUGCAAGGGGUGAUUUGGGUAUUGAAAUUCCUCCUGAAAAAGUCUUUUUGGCACAAAAGUCUAUGAUAGCACAAUGCAAUAUUGCUGGUAAACCAGUAAUAUGUGCUACUCAAAUGCUAGAGUCGAUGAUCAAAAAACCUCGUGCUACUAGAGCUGAAUCAUCAGAUGUAGCUAAUGCUGUUUUAGAUGGAGUUGAUUGCGUUAUGCUUUCAGGUGAAACGGCCAAAGGCGAAUAUCCUUUGGAGUGUAUUCGUACAUUGACGACAAUUUGUAAGGAAGCCGAGGCUGCUGUAUGGCACAAACAUUUAUUUGCAAAUCUGACAUCUAAAGUCAGUUUACCAUUAGAUACUUCACAUUCAAUUGCAAUUUCUGCCGUGGACGCCUCAGUCAAAAGUAGAGCAGCUGCGAUUAUUGUUCUGACAAACUCUGGCCAUUCUGCUCACCUUCUUUCUAAAUAUCGUCCUCGUUGUCCAAUUUUAGCCGUCACUAGAAAUGAUCAAGUGGCGCGACAGUGUCAUAUCUAUCGUGGUAUCUUACCAUUAUAUUACUCUAAAUCAGCAAAAUCAAAUAGAUCGAAUGAUUUAGACAACCGAAUAAAUCAUGCAAUUGAAUUCGGCAAAACUCUAGGUAUUAUAAAAGUCGGUGAUCAAGUUGUAAUUGUCACUGGGUGGAAAAAAGGACCUGGUAAUACAAAUGGUUUUCAUAUUUUCCAAAUAACUGGCCAAAAUCAGAGUUGUUCCAAAUAGACAUGGGAAAAUUAAUUUCAAUAAAUGUUAUAAUUAUUUUUUCUAAAUGCGAGGUCAUUUAUUAUGUAUUCGUUAAAG